AUGGCCUUUCAGGAGCUCCUGGAUCAAGUUGGUGGCCUGGGGAGAUUCCACAUCCUUCAGUUAGUUUUAAUUGUUCCAUAUAUACUGAUGGUAUUAAGUCAUUUACUUUUGGAGAACUUCACUGCAGCCAUUCCUGCUCAUCGGUGCUGGGUGAACAUCCUUGACAAUGACACAGUCUCUGAUAAUGAUACUGGGAUCCUUAGCCCCGAUGCCCUCCUCAGAAUCUCCAUCCCAUUGGACUCAGAACUGAGGCCACAGAAAUGUCAGCGCUUUAUCCAUCCCCAGUGGCAACUUCUUCAUCUGAAUGGAACCUUCACCAACAUGACUGAGCCAGACACAGAGGCCUGUCUGAAUGGGUGGGUUUAUGACCAGAGCUCCUUCCCCUCCACCAUUGUGUCUGAGUGGGACCUAGUAUGUAGUUAUCAGUCGCAGAGAUCAGUUGCUCAAUUCCUAUUCAUGGCUGGAAUGUUGGUGGGAGGCUUCAUAAACGGCCAUCUCUCAGACAGGUUUGGGAGAAAGUUGAUUCUCAGGUGCUGUUUAUUACAGCUUACCGUCUUUGGGAUGAGUGCAGCGUUUGCUCCCAGCUUCCUCAUCUACUGCUCACUACGCUUCCUGUCAGGCUGUUGCUCCAUCGGCGUCAUGACAAACAGUUCUAUUCUCCUCAUAGAGUGGAUAAGGCCCCAGUCGAAAGUCCUGGCCAUAAUACUGAUAAGCUGUGCCUUAAGCCUGGGACAGGUCCUCUUGGGAGGGCUGGCGUUUGCCUUUCGGGAGUGGCGCACUCUGCAGACGGUGGUGUCCGUACCUUUCUUUGUCUUCUUUCUCUCCUCAAGGUGGCUUGUGGAAUCCGCUCGGUGGCUGAUUAUCAACAAUAAACCAGACGAGGGCUUGAAGGAACUUAGAAAAGUUGCACACAGAAACGGAAUGAAGAAUGCUGGAGAAACCCUGACCAUAGAGGCUUUAAGAUCUAUCAUGAAAGAUGAGCUGGAGGCAGCACAGACCAAAACUACUGAGUGUGACUUGUUCUGCACCCCCGGCCUGCGUAAGAUAAACUGUCUUCUGCUAUUUGUGAGAUUUGCAAACACAAUCCCCUUUUAUGGCAUCGUUUUGAAUCUACAGCACUUUGGGAGCAAUAUUUUCCUGUUCCAGAUAGUCUUUGGAGCUCUCACUGCCUUGGUCCGAUGUCUUCCUCUUUUAGUACUGAAUUAUAUGGGCCGUCGAACAACCCAGACACUUUUCAUGGUCCUCACAGGACUUCUUAUUUUGGCCAACACCUUUGUGCCCCAAGAAAUGCAGACCCUGCGUGUGGCUUUGGCAAGUGUAGGAAUCGGCUUGGCUGCUGCUUCUUUCACUUCUUUCUCUGUCUACUUUUGUGAGAUCGUCCCCACAGUCUUCAGGGCAAGAAUGUUAGGAUUUGAAACACUGGCCAGUAGGGUUGGGGCCACACUGGCUCCCCUCUUGAUGAUCCUACAAGCAUAUGUUUCCACUUUGCCCUGGAUCACCUAUGGAGCCUUUCCCAUCACUGCUGGUCUUGCUGUCCUCUUCCUACCUGAAACCAAGGGUCUGCCUCUGCUUGACACCAUCCAAGACCUGCAAAAUAUGUAA